AUGGCAAGUGCCGCUUUAAAAAAUUUGGUUAACGGUCCUAUUACCUCUCAGAUGAUAGCGUUAGUUAUUCCUUGCGAUCCUCUUACAAAACAAAAUAUCUCAAUACAACAAUCACCAAAUUUUGGUGACGACGAUCAACAUCCUUUACCUCCUUUAAACAACUUCAUACGUUGUCUUGUAAAGAAUUCAAACGUAUCAACCGCGACCCUUCUUACAACAAUCGUUUACUUGGAUCGUUUGCAAAAAAAAUUACCAAAACUUGCAAGAGGAAUGCACUGUACUCGUCAUAGAGUCUUUCUUGCUACCUUAAUUGUUACCUCAAAAUACCUUAACGAUUCAUCACCAAGAAACAAGUAUUGGGCAAGAUUUUCAGGCGUUUACUCUGUCGCAAAAGUUAAUCUAAUGGAAAGACAAUUGCUCUCCUUAUUAGAUUAUGACCUUAGAAUUCAAGAGUCAGACCUAUUACUUCAUCUUGGAAUCUUUUUACAACCUCCUUCAUUGAAUAAGAAUCAAGCAAUUAUGAUAGACGCUUUGAAAGUUCCAACCAUUCAACAUCAAAGAGCUCUCUCAUAUCCAAACCUACAUACUUCAUCUCAAUUUUCACAAUUAAUACAUCAAACACCUCCUCCGAGACAGGAUUCUUACCCUAUAAAUCAAGAUUCUCAACAAACUACGCAAGCUUCAAUUACUUCCUCUCUUUCAAUAUAUAAUACAGGUGUUAAUUCCAUGUCAAUACCUACUAUCAUUUCAUCAUCAUCAUCGAGCUCAAAUUACACUCUAUCAUAUCCAUCUUCUUAUAUCGAUGAUUAUUGUCAAGCGUUAAGUGGCGACGACGAUAUGGAUACUGAUGAAGAAGAGAAAGAUGAUCAUGUUCCUAACGAUGAAACUACAUCACAACUUCAUCAUCAAUAUUAUCAACAGCAGUUUUACCUUCAACAAUCCUAUUUACCUCAACAAAAGUGGAACAUUCAUCCUUCGUUAAAAUCAAAUUCUUCAAUGCAUGACGCUGGCGUCAACAACUUUGUUCCACCCUAUUGCGGUCAUAAUCAUCAUCAGAUGGUGUUACCUCCACCUAUUCCCUCAUCUACUAUAAUACAAGGGAUGAUAUAUACAUCCACACCUCAAAGAUAUUAG